GCUGAAACAGAUGUCGAUUGUGGCGGAUCAUCCGGCAACAAAUGUGCCAAUUCAUUAGGAUGCAAGAGUGCCGGUGACUGUCAAAGUGGAGUGUGCACUGGUAGUAUCUGUGCAGGUAGGAUGUUAUUAGUUUGGCAACCGAGUUUCUGCGUUUUUGUAAAAACUUUCGUUUAUAUCUCACACUCACACGCUCAGAGAAUUCUUCAAUAAUAAUGUGACAGCAUAUCUUUUUGAAUAUCCUAAAAGAGGUUCUGAAGCGAGUUUGAGUUCUAACUUCUGCUCUCACUCUACAACGUUCUGCCAUUUACUACGUGCAUACAAGGUAGUUUGAAAAGUUCAAGACUUUUAGCUGAAUUUCUCCAAUUUUUGUAACUACUUUUCAGAUUGAAAACGAAUAAUAUAAUGAUACAGAAGAAAUUUUCAGUUCUAGAUCUUAUUGUUAUUACAGCAGUUAUUAAUAGAGCUACCCAUCCUUUAACUGAAUGAAACUCGGACAAGUGCAGAAAUAUAAGUGAUUUUUGUUGUAUAAGAAAAAUCACCUUUUUUGAUAUGAAUGUGAAUUCAUUAGAUAAGAGUCAAUGACGGUGGAAGACUGGAAGAUACUCAAGUAAAAGUUGAAUGAAUUGAGGUUGUAAGCAGUUGAUGCGGAGAGACUGAGUAGAGCAUCACAGAGAUGAAUUAAAGAUCGAACGUAUUGCUGUCGUCUAUGGUGAUAUCAUCAAUAAGAUUUGUAGCAAUGUAGAACGGAGUACCAACUAUCACUUGAUGUAAAACAAUAUUCUGGGCUCGCGAACAAACAUAAAAAGCAAAAAUUGAUCAGAAAAUGUCUCUUUAUCCAUUUACUAUUUGAGUAAAUCUCGCUGAUCUUCUUGCGACGACUGUAACCAUUAGCUGCAUUUUCAUUAUUUUAUGUUUAUUCGAACAAAUGUUCUUUAUUGCUUAUACGUGUCUAGUUUUAUAUCAAAUACUUCUGUUCUAAAACCGGGAAUAUCAUUCCGAAAUUAGCACAAAACUUUGAAGACAAAAACAGUUGGUUCGUCUAAGAACAGAACAAAACUCUUUAUGCGAGCCAGUUUCUUCUGUUUUUAAGAACUUUUUAUUCUACUCUUUUAGAAUGAUAAGGCAUAAGUAAGCUUUAAGUUUUAAGUUCAUGUGUGGAACUGACUCAGUUUUGACUAAUAAACAAAUUUCUCUGGUUAUAUAUUUUAGCUAUACUACCAGCGUGCAAUCCUGCUAAUUGUUGUGGCAAGAAUAAUUGCACUCUUUGUGAUGAUGAUGGUGAUACUAGUUAUUGUCGUGAUAUUGGUCUUCGUAGUAGAGGUGGUGGUUCGAAUUAUCAUAUUCUUUAUGCUACUGCUUCGUAUACUGAUGCUUUUUGUCGUAGUGCUGAUCCUAUACAUGGUGGUAAUGUAAUGAGUGCUGUUGCUAUGAGUACUCUGCGUGGUUGUUAA